AUGUUCACCAUGCUGGAAAACCAAACACAGAUAAUAGAAUUCAUCCUCCUGGGAUUUGGAGAGUUCUAUGAGUGGCAGAUGGUUCUUUUCCUGACAUUUUUGCUGGCUUACAUUGUGACAAUAACUGGAAACAUUCUCAUUGUUGUGCUAAUUGUCUUUGAUCAGCACCUUCAUACCCCCAUGUACUUUUUCCUGGGAAACCUCUCCUUCUUGGAAGCUUGCUACAGCUCUGAUAUAUUUCCAAGGAUGCUUUCAGCUCUCCUGACUAACAACAGAAGGAUUUCUUUCAGAAUCUGCUUGGCACAGUGGUAUUUGUUUAGUUCCUUGGAAGCUGCAGAAUGUUGUCUCCUCUGUGUGAUGUCUUAUGACAGGUAUCUCGCAAUCUGUAAACCACUGCAUUAUGCGGUCAUCAUGAAAACCUCGACUUGUAUCCAACUGGCAGCUGUUUCUUGGAUCAAUGGAUUUGUCACUGUGAAUAUAUUACUUGCUUUCAUGUUGCAAAUGACAUUUUGUGGAAGGAAUGAAAUGGAUCAUUACUUUUGUGAGUAUUUCCCACUCAUAAAGCAAUCAUGCAGUGAUACCACCUUGCUAGAAAUUUCAGGUUUCAUUAUGGCUUUCAUACUCACAACACCUCCUUUUUUUCUAACUCUUACAUCUUAUGCGUAUAUUAUAGCUGCCAUAUUGAAAAUUCCUUCCACCACUGGGAGGCAAAAGGCCUUUUCUACUUGUUCUUCUCACUUGAUUGUGGUUUCUGUUUUUUAUGGGUCUCUAAUGAUUGUGUAUAUGAUACCAAGGACUGAGGUCAAAAGAAAUGUACAAAAAUUUUCCUCUCUCUUGUACACAGUUCUACCUCCUCUGGUCAACCCAUUUGUCUACAGCUUGAGAAAUAAGGAGGUCAAGGAGGCUGUGAAAAAUAAAAUUGGUAGAUUUAUUUUCCUUACGAAGUGUAUCAGAUGA